GAAUAUAUCUUAUGUAAUUAUCAAUAAACACCCUGGACAUGAUGCGAAAAAGGAGACAUACUAAUUAUCAUAUAACUGAGAUGAUGCUUUGCAAUUGUUAUGAUCUGGUCUACACAACUAACACGUUUCUUGAUUGAUACCGUCGGUCUUGCGUACGUUUUUCAUAUAUAACAAACGGGAAUGUAAUGUUCUGUUUACAAUGAAGUAUGCUUCAUCGCUUUUUCCUAUUCUGCACUGUAAGUUUGCUCAAUCUAUGUGAUAAAUCUUUAUUGCAUAACUAAAAAUUCUUUUAACGAAAACUCAUUUGAACUUACAGUCAUAAUCACUAUGUCCAUUUUUACACAUUUGACGUUUCUAAGUCUCUAUCCGCUUAGUGUGCAAAUAUUUUUUUCAAUUUUUGACACAAGCAGGAAAUUCGCUAUUAUGAAAAAAUCGCACGUCACAGUUGUUGGCUCACUCAACGUUGACCUAUCCGUAUUCACAAAUAUCAUUCCAAAGGUAGGAGAGACAGUAACUGGUUCGAGUUUUCUUCUUGGUUACGGGGGUAAAGGAGCAAAUCAGUGUGUGGCUUCCAGAGUACUGGGAUGCAACACUGCACUGGUAGGGAAAGUUGGCGAUGAUUAUUUUGGUGAGAUGUUUAUUCAGCACUUGAAACAACUUGGAGUGAACACUGACGGUAUAUCAAGAUCAUCAAUGAAUAGUACUGGAGUUGCAUCAAUUACAGUUGAAACAGGAACAGGUGGAAAUCAAAUUAUCAUCGUCCCAGGUGCAAAUAUGCUUGUAUCAGAAAAAGACAUUUCCUUUGCAGAGAAACUAACCCUCUUGGAUACAAAAGUAAUAGUUUGCCAGUUUGAAAUCAAUCCAUCUGCAACACUUUAUAGUUUGAGGCUUGGCCGUGCCAAAGGUGCAAAGACAAUUUUAAAUCCCGCACCUGCGCCAGUGGCUUCUGGAAAUCCUGAGAUUUUGGGGAAUUACGAAUUAAUGGAAGAUAUUUUACCAAAUUGUGAUUUUGUGUGUCCAAAUGAGUCCGAAUUUUGUUCCAUAACCGAGUCUGACUCUGAAUCACUUUUCUCCAAAAAUGAGAUUGGCUCACUGAAUAUAGAUGCUUUUAUUCCUGGUCUUGUCUACUUACUUCAAAAGAAAAUCAAAUGCCCCAUAGUAACUCUAGGGAGUAAAGGAGUUAUUGCAAUUUUAUCGGAACAAGAUAUGGCAAAUAUAUAUGCCAAAGACGCUAGCGAAGUGGCUCGUAUUACUCUUGAAAACCAAGAGAAGUUGGUAGUACACCUCUCAGCACCCAGUAACUUUGAUGUUGUUGACACAACAGGAGCAGGAGACUGUUUUGUUGGCUCACUAGCUUACUUCGUCGCUUGUCACGAGGACAUUACUCUAGCUGAACAAAUAAGACGAUCGGUUUGGGUUGCCGGCCAAUCAAUCCGUAAAAAAGGGACACAAUCUAGUUACCUGAAACGUGAUGAACUUCCUGAUACACUCUUUGCAUCAGAAACAUUUCAGUGGCCAUAGUGGCUAAAAUCAGUAAUAUUUUUCCUAUAUUUUUUACUCUUUUUUUGGUAUUUCCUAUAUCCCAACUUCAUUAAAGAAAUGUAAAAGGUAAUUUACAUUGAAAUAAAUAUUAUUCAGAAUCACUAUCACAA